AUGCACUCCUCAUGGCAGACGGCGGCCCUCGCAGGCCUGUCCCUCUUGGGCUCGCUCGCUCACGGCGUCGCGCUCACGGGCUACGAGUACGUCGUGGUCGGAUCGGGAGCCGGCGGCGGCCCCCUGGCGGCGCGCCUCGCCAUGGCCGGGCACAAGACGCUGCUCAUCGAGGCCGGCGACGACCAGGGCAACAACCCAAACUACACGGUGCCGGCCUUCUCUGGCCGGUCGUCCGAGGACGACAAGAUGGCGUGGAACUUUUACGUGCGGCACUACGCCGACGACGCCCGGCAGGCGCGCGACUUCAAGACUUCGUACCGGACGCCGGACGGGGAGCUGUACACGGGACUGCACCCGCCGGCCGGCUCGACGAUGCUCGGGACGCUGUAUCCUCGAGCCGGCACGCUGGGCGGGUGUACGGCUCACAAUGCCCUGGUGGCGAUUUACCCGCACCGCUCCGACUUUGAGCGCAUCGCCGCGCAGACGGGCGACGGCUCCUGGGCGCCCGACGCGAUGCGCAAGUACUUUGUCAGGCUGGAGAGGAACAGGUACCUGCUGCCCGGGGCGAGGGGCCACGGAUACAGCGGCUGGCUGGACACGGACCGGGCGCCGCUCACGAUCCCCCUCCAGGACCCGAGGCUGCUCAGCAUGAUCCUGGGCGGCAGCUUCGCCCUGGGCAACCACACGAGGCUGCUUCCGAACCUGCUCGACGUGCUGGCGGGGGACGCCAACGAGGAUUCCGAGGCCCGCGACCGGGACGGCGGGUACUUCCAGGUGCCGCUGUCGUCGGGCGACGGGCGCAGGUCCGGCGCGCGCGACUUUGUCGUUGCGGUGAGAGACGCCAAGAACCGGGACGGGACCAGCAAGUAUCCCCUCGAUGUGCGGAUGAACUGCCACGUCACGAGGGUCGUCUUUGACGAGACGGGCGCGGAGCCGAGGGCCACGGGGGUCGAGUUUCUCGACGGCGCGCACCUGUACCGGGCGAGCCCGAGAUCCGGCCACGGCUCCGGCUCCGGCUCCGGCGGCGUCGCCGGCUCGGCCACGGCGUCGCGAGAGGUCAUCGUCGCCGGCGGCACGUACAACUCGCCGCAGAUCCUCAAGCUCAGCGGCGUCGGGCCGGCGCAGGAGCUCGCGCGGUUCGGCAUCAAGGUCGUCAAGGACCUGCCCGGCGUCGGCACCAACCUCCAGGACCACUACGAAGUGGCCGUCCAGGGCCGCAUCUCGUCCGGCUGGCGCUUCUUCGAGGGCUGCACCUUUUCCGACCAGGGCGACCCCUGCCUCAGCCGCUGGCAGCACCCGGUCCUCGGCAGCCGGGGCCCCUACGUCUCCGACGGCUUCGCGGCCGCCAUGAUGAUGAGGACGUCGCGGGCGAGCGAGUACGACGCCUUCGUCUUCGGCGGGCCCAUCAACUUCCGCGGCUACUUCCCCGGCUACGCCUACAACGUCACGGCCGACCACGACGUCUUCACCUGGGCCAUCCUCAAGAGCCACCCGCGCAACACGGCCGGCCGCGUCGCCCUGCGCUCCGCCGACCCCCUCGACGUGCCCGACAUCGUGUACAACUCCUUCGACACGGGCAGCGGCGACUCCGCGGCCGACGUGGCCGCCAUCCGCGAGGCCAUUGGCGUCGCGCGGGACGCCUUCCGGAGGCAGCUGGUCGACGUCGAGGAGAUGCUGCCCGGCCCCGGCGUCCGCACCACCGCCGACCUCGACGCCUACAUCAAGGACACGGUCUGGGGGCACCACGCGUCGUCCACGUGUCCCAUCGGCGCCGACGACGACCCCAUGGCCGUCUUGGACUCGAGCUUCCGCGUCAGGGGCGUCCGGCGCCUGAGGGUCGUCGACGCCUCCGUCUACCCCCGGAUCCCGGGCACCUUUACCGCCGUGUCGACCUACAUGGUGGCCGAGAAGGCGGCCGACGUGAUUCUGAGUCAGAACAAGUGA